AUGGGAGCAGCGAUGGCCAAUCUUAUGUAUAAUAAUGAAGCAAAUUCGCCUGAGAAUUAUUCGGGAGCAAUGAUAAAUCAACAACAAUCAACUGCAAUAAUUCCUCCUCGACGACAACCAACAAUAGCUGCUCCACAUUCAUCCGCACCACAAACACACACACAACGACCAUAUCGUAUGUACUACAAUCCACGAUCAGGACCUGGUUAUAUCGGACCGCGACUUCCUCAUUUAAUGGAACCACAAGUUCGCGUUUACUAUUAA